AUGGAUCUUGGGAUGGGGAACGAUGGUACUAACAAUUCAAGUGACGAACAAGGAACUUCGAAUCGCAGUGGCUCAGAGAAAAAGAUCUAUCAUCGUCAUACCAGUAGUCAGAUAGAACAUCUCGAAUCAUUUUUCAAGGACUGUCCUCACCCGGAUGAAAGCCAAAGACGCCAACUUAGUACGGAACUUGGACUAGAACCAAAACAAGUCAAGUUCUGGUUUCAAAACAAGAGGACUCAAACAAAGGCUCAAAGUGAACGAGCAGACAACUCUGUCCUCCGAGCAGAAAAUGAGCGAAUUCAGUGUGAGAAUCUAGCAAUUAGAGAGGCACUAAAGAACGUAAUGUGUCCAGCUUGUGGAGGUCCUCCUUUUGGAGAAGAAGAACGUCAACGCAGCCUGCAAAAACUUCAGAUGGAAAAUGCCCUAUUGAAAGAAGAGCAUGAGAAGGUGAGUAACCUUCUUGCAAAGUACUUAGGGAAACCAAUUUCCCAGUUUGAAGCAAUGAGUACUUCGACUCGAGGUGAAGGACCGUCCAAUGCCUUGGAUUUCUUGCCACCAAGUUAUCUGACUCAAGGACUAGUUGGAUUCCCUUUUCUUGACAAUCUUGAUAAUUUCAGCCAAAAAUAUCGAGAAAAUAUUAAUAACAACUUACCAGCGAAUAAUCAUGUGAUUGAUCUUCAACAACACUUCGACGCUAGGUUGAUUUCGGAUGUAGAAAAAGCUUUCAUGGUGGAGACUGCUGCAUCCGCCAUGGAUGAACUAGUUAGGCUUUUGAGAGUCAAUGAACCAUUGUGGAUUAGGUCUGAACUGAGUGGAUCAAGAGCAGUUAUUCACCGUGACACUUAUGAUAAGAUCUUUCCUAGGAUUAAUAGGUUUAAAAACUCAAAUUCUCGUAUCGAAUCAUCUAAAGAAUCAGGGAUGAUAACAAUGAGUGGAGCUCACUUGGUUAAAAUGAUUAUGGAUCCAGAGAAAUGGACGGACCUUUUCCCUACAAUUGUUUGCAAGACAGAACAACUUUAUGAAGUUCAAGCUGGAACAAGUGGCAACAAAAAUGGUUGCCUGUUGCUGAUGUAUGAGAAAAUGCACAUCCUUUCCCCAUUGGUGCCAGCUCGUGAAUUCAUCAUCCUUCGCCACUGUCGGCAAUUAGAAAAAGGCUUAUGGGUGAUGGUAGAUGUAUCCUAUGAUUUAAAAGGCCAUAUUCCCCCUUCUCGUUGUUGGAAGCUACCUUCUGGAUGUAUGAUUCAAGAAAUGGCAAAUGGGUGUUCAAAGGUUAUUUGGAUCGAACAUGUGGAAGUUGAUGAUAAAACUCUAACUCAUCGAUUAUAUAGAGAUCUAUUAUGCAGUGGAUCUGCAUAUGGGGCUGAACGAUGGAUUGUUACGCUUCAAAGAAUAUGUGAGAGAUUGGCUUUCUCCAUGGCUGAUAAUCCUCAUGUUUAUCAUCACAACUCAGUUAUGCCUAAUAGUAUGAAGAGCAUGUUGAAGCUUUGUCACAGAAUGGUAAAAGACUUCUGCGCAGGUUUGUGCAUGUCAUGUGAUAACAAACUUGAUUUUCCCCAAAUAUCUGAAGUCAAUAGUAGUGGGGUUCGAGUUUGUGUCCGUGAGGGCAGGACGAGCCAACCUAGUGGCAUGAUCGUCAGUGCUGCCUCCUCUCUGGCUUCUCUCCCUCCUCUUAAUGUCUUUAUUUUUUAA